ACAGACCUUUGCUUGCUCCCUUCUGACCCUAGACACUUGUUGUUAGUGUCAACUCUGAGAGUCGAAGGGAUGCAGGCGUAGGAGCAGCAGCCUUGCGAUCCACCGGCACCACAGCAAGCAGGUCUGAAUGUGGCCACCACACCAACCACACUUCACCUGCUACACACCAGUUCCGUCUGGCCCCAAGGUCCUAAACAUGGGCGGCGUUGAGCUCAGCAGAAAGUGAGCUUGCUGCAAUUAGAGUUUCUCGGAGUCUUAGCGCCAUCUGUUCCGACGCCUUUGGUGACCGAUCCUGAAACGUGACUUGGCCGGGAGCGAGCGCGGCUCCUCUUACCGAAGCAGUUCAGGUCCCCGGCUCUCACUAAACCCCGCCAGUUUUCCGGGGCUGGCGCGGUCACCGACCCCGGCCUGCGGCCAAGCCGACAACAGUGGGCGGGAAAGUGACGCGAGGCUCGUGGGGUGGUGACUGUGAAGCAGGGAGCCGGAGCGCCCCGGGAGCUGCGUACGGCCGAAAAGGCAGGGUCACAGAGGAGACAAAGAUCGGUCACGGUCAGGGGUGGCCACCUGCCUCUAGACCGCCGCACUGGAGCAGGGCUACGUACAACAGCCCCAGGCCUGGCGGCCCAGCCUCUCCACACUCGGGGGAGGGAUCGAGGGAGGGCAGACGGCGGGACCGCCCCCGGCCCCAACUCCAGCCUGGUCCCCAAGCCGCACGCGGCCACGGCCGCUGCUAGGGGGAGGCGAGAGGCUCCUCCCUGGAGCAGAGAAACCAGUUUGUCCGGUCGGGCAGAGCGGAGGGAAAAGGGCUGCCGCCUAGGAAGGGCGCACGGACGCGGGGCGGGGGAAAGGCGGGGAGCCCUUGGCGAGCCACGAGAGCCGGAGGAGUCGCGGCCAACUGGACAGGCUUCCCGGGGCCCCCGGCCAGCCCCCGUGUGCCAUGCAGCGCUAGCGCAGCCGCAGCGCCGAGGCCGGGCGGGAGGUGGCCAGGUGCGCACCAGCCUCGGAAGAGCCUCGGAGCGCCGCGCACCCCGCGGAUGCCCAAACCCGGGCCCAGAGAGCACCAGGUAGUUCCAAUUUGCCAGCAGAAUGAACACAGAAAGGGACUCGGAAACAACAUUUGAUGAGGAUUCCCAGCCCAAUGAUGAAGUGGUUCCCUACAGUGAUGAUGAAACCGAAGACGAACUUGAAGACCAGGGGCCUGCAGUUGAACCAGAACAGAAUCGUGUCAACAGAGAAGUCGAGAAAAAGAAAGAGACAUUCCGGAAAGAUUGCACGUGGCAAGUCAAAGCAAAUGAUCGAAAGUUCCACGAACAACCUCAUUUUAUGAACACCAAGUUCUUUUGUAUUAAGGAGAGCAAAUAUGCGAGUAAUGCAAUUAAAACAUACAAGUACAAUGCACUGACCUUUCUACCCAUGAAUUUGUUUGAGCAAUUUAAGAGGGCAGCCAACUUCUAUUUCCUGAUCCUCCUGAUCUUGCAGGCAAUUCCUCAAAUCUCCACCCUGGCAUGGUAUACCACACUUGUACCUCUACUUCUGGUGCUGGGCAUCACGGCAAUCAAAGACCUGGUAGAUGAUGUGGCUCGCCAUAAAAUGGACAAGGAAAUCAACAACAGGACAUGUGAAGUCAUUAAGGACGGCAGGUUCAAAAUCAUCAAGUGGAAAGAUAUCCAGGUUGGAGACGUCAUCCGUCUGAAGAAGAAUGAUUUUAUUCCAGCCGACAUUCUGCUAUUGUCCAGCUCCGAGCCUAACAGCCUCUGCUAUGUAGAAACGGCUGAGCUUGACGGAGAAACCAAUUUGAAGUUCAAAAUGGCCCUGGAAAUCACAGACCAGUAUCUCCAAAUAGAAGAUAACUUGGCGACGUUUGAUGGUUUCAUCGAAUGUGAGGAACCAAACAACCGGUUAGACAAGUUCACGGGAACGCUCUUUUGGAGGAACCAAAGUUUUCCUUUGGAUGCUGAUAAAAUCCUGUUGCGGGGCUGCGUGAUUAGGAACACCGAUGUCUGCCAUGGCUUGGUCAUUUUUGCAGGUGCUGACACGAAGAUAAUGAAGAACAGUGGGAAAACCAGAUUUAAAAGAACUAAAAUCGAUUACUUGAUGAACUACAUGGUGUACACGAUCAUUAUUGUCCUCAUCCUGGUUUCCGCUGGCCUUGCCAUUGGUCACGCGUAUUGGGAAGCACAAAUUGGCAAUUAUUCCUGGUACCUCUAUGAUGGAGAAAAUGCCACACCAUCCUACCGGGGCUUCCUGAAUUUCUGGGGCUACAUCAUUGUAUUGAACACCAUGGUGCCCAUCUCUCUCUAUGUCAGUGUGGAAGUGAUCCGUCUGGGACAGAGUCAUUUCAUCAACUGGGACCUGCAGAUGUACUACGCUGAGAAGGACACUCCUGCCAAGUCGAGGACUACCACACUGAAUGAGCAGCUAGGGCAGAUCCAUUACAUUUUCUCUGACAAGACGGGGACUCUCACCCAAAACAUCAUGACCUUCAAGAAGUGCUGCAUCAACGGGACCAUCUAUGGAGACCAUCGAGAUGCUUCUCAGCACAGCCACAGCAAAAUAGAGCUAGUGGACUUUAGCUGGAAUGAAUUUGCUGAUGGGAAGCUUGCAUUUUAUGACCAUUAUCUUAUUGAGCAAAUCCAGUCAGGAAAAGAGCCAGAAGUACGACAGUUCUUCUUUUUGCUUUCCAUUUGCCAUACGGUCAUGGUGGACAGAAUUGAUGGUCAGAUCAACUACCAGGCGGCCUCUCCUGACGAAGGCGCCCUGGUGAACGCCGCCAGGAACUUCGGCUUUGCCUUUCUUGCCAGGACGCAGAACACCAUCACCGUCAGCGAACUGGGCACAGAAAGGACCUACAGUGUGCUUGCCAUUUUGGACUUCAACAGCGACCGAAAGCGGAUGUCUAUCAUCGUGAGGACCCCAGAAGGUAGCAUCAGGCUAUACUGUAAAGGUGCUGACACGGUGAUUUAUGAACGACUCCAUCGGAUGAAUCCCAUGAAGCAGGAAACACAGGAUGCCCUGGAUAUCUUUGCAAGUGAGACUCUCAGAACCCUGUGCCUGUGCUACAAGGAAAUUGAAGAAAAAGAGUUUGCAGAGUGGAAUAAGAAGUUCAUGGCUGCCAGUGUGGCCUCAAGCAACCGAGACGAAGCGUUGGAUAAAGUGUACGAGGAGAUCGAGAGGGACUUGAUUCUCCUGGGAGCCACUGCUAUUGAAGACAAGCUACAGGAUGGAGUUCCAGAAACCAUUUCAAAACUUGCAAAGGCUGACAUUAAGAUCUGGGUACUUACCGGAGACAAGAAGGAAACUGCAGAAAACAUAGGCUUUGCCUGUGAACUUCUGACAGAAGACACUACUAUCUGCUAUGGGGAGGACAUAAACUCUCUUCUUCACACCAGGAUGGAGAAUCAGAGAAACAGAGGCGGAGUCUCUGCGAAAUUUGCACCCCCCGCGUAUGAACCCUUUUUUCCACCUGGAGAAAACCGUGCCUUAAUCAUCACUGGCUCGUGGUUGAAUGAGAUCCUUCUAGAGAAGAAGACCAAGAGAAGUAAGAUCCUGAAGCUGAAGUUCCCAAGGACCGAGGAGGAGAGGCGGAUGCGGAGCCAGAGUCGGAGGCGGCUGGAAGAGAAGAAAGAGCAGCGGCAGAAGAAUUUUGUGGACCUGGCCUGUGAGUGCAGCGCUGUCAUCUGCUGCCGCGUCACACCCAAGCAGAAGGCCAUGGUGGUGGACCUGGUGAAGAGGUACAAGAAGGCCAUCACGCUGGCCAUCGGAGACGGGGCCAACGAUGUGAACAUGAUCAAAACUGCCCACAUUGGAGUUGGAAUAAGCGGACAAGAAGGCAUGCAAGCUGUCAUGUCCAGUGACUAUUCUUUUGCUCAGUUCAGAUACCUGCAGCGCUUGCUGCUGGUCCAUGGCCGGUGGUCUUACAUAAGGAUGUGCAAGUUCCUACGCUAUUUCUUUUACAAGAACUUUGCAUUUACUUUGGUUCAUUUCUGGUACUCCUUCUUCAAUGGCUACUCAGCCCAGACGGCGUAUGAGGACUGGUUUAUCACCCUGUACAAUGUGCUGUACUCCAGUUUGCCUGUGCUCCUCAUGGGGCUGCUCGAUCAGGAUGUGAGCGACAAGCUGAGCCUCCGAUUCCCUGGGUUGUAUGUAGUGGGACAGAGAGACUUGCUGUUCAACUAUAAGAAGUUCUUUGUCAGUUUGCUGCACGGGGUCUUAACCUCAAUGGUCCUCUUCUUCAUACCGUUUGGCGCUUACCUGCAAACAGUGGGACAGGAUGGAGAGGCACCUUCAGACUACCAGUCCUUUGCCGUCACAAUGGCCUCGGCUCUAGUGAUAACGGUCAAUUUCCAGAUCGGCUUGGAUACGUCGUACUGGACGUUCGUGAAUGCCUUUUCCAUUUUUGGAAGCAUCGCGCUGUACUUUGGCAUCAUGUUUGAUUUCCAUAGUGCUGGGAUCCAUGUUCUCUUCCCAUCUGCAUUCCAGUUCACAGGUACGGCUUCCAAUGCCCUGAGACAGCCGUAUAUUUGGCUGACGAUCAUCCUGACGGUUGCAGUUUGCUUGUUACCUGUCGUCGCCAUCCGUUUCCUGUCAAUGACCAUCUGGCCAUCAGAAAGUGAUAAGAUCCAGAAGCAUCGAAAGCGAUUGAAGGCCGAAGAGCAGUGGAAACGGCGGCAGAGCGUGUUCCGGAGGGGAGCAUCUUCCCGGCGCUCCGCCUACGCCUUCUCGCACCAGAGGGGCUAUGCGGACCUCAUCUCCUCUGGCCGCAGCAUCCGCAAGAAGCGCUCGCCCCUGGACGCCAUCAUCGCAGAUGGCACAGCGGAGUACCGACGCACAGUGGAGAGCUGAGGGGCACUGCUCUGCUGAGAGACCGGAGCUCUGGGAAAAUGUCUUUUUUUUUUUUUUCUUUAAUGAACAACUCAGGACUUUUUAAAAAAAAAAAAUAAACUGAGGUUGUCACAGUGACACUGAUGACAAUAACCUUUUCAAUAAACUUCUAGGAUUGUGCUCUUAAGCAGUAGCAAAGCCAAGAGACCACCUGUUAUUCAGCUGACUGCCUCGCUGAGAUUCAAAGGGAACGCUUCUUUUUUUUAAAUCCAGGCCUAAUGGAAGACGGCAGAAUUUAGAAAAGUCUCCUUUUCAGCUUGAAGGAUACUACUACACUACAAAGUUACAAUCACACUCUCCUAUCUCUGGCCUCAAGCAUGGAUUUCUCAGACGCACUCCUCCCUCUGCUUGUCACUUUUAAAAAAAGGAAGAAAGAAAAUCUGUUUUUUAAUUUAUGAGUGCAGUAACAACGGGUUCCUAAUGUUUACCACCUGAUGUGAGGUGGUUUAAUGACUUUUUCAGGCCCGGUGAUCAGGUUCCCUGGUUCUUUCUACCAAUUUUCGAAAUUCGAAACAAGUUUCCUUGAUUGAAUGAUCAAGGGCAACAUUUCAUGCUGGUUUUGAUUUACUACGAGGUUAAAUAAUGGAUUCCAUGUUUUUACUAGUUGGUAUUUUCCUGGGCUACCAAGUGGUUUGACUCCCUACUUCAAUUUUUUCCAAAAAUGAUUUUCAAAAGCUGAGGACGUUAUCAACUAGUAUUAAGUUCCAUUUAGAUAAGAGUGCAUUUGUUGCACAGUAAAGGACUGUAGAUGAUGAGAAUGGAAUGUGUGUUUCAGAAAUGCUAGACGAAAGGGAUUUGAGUGUUUUCAACACAAAGUGAUACCUGAAGAGAUGGACAAACCGUGAUGUCAACAUUACACAAUGUACACAUGUGGAGGAACACCCCAUGUCGGGCUACCUUGUGGCUUGGUGGUAGAGUUGGGGGUCUUAGGUCCCAUAUUGGUACAAAAAAAAAAAAGAAACAUCACGUGGUGUUCCAUAAAUAUGCACAAUUGUGGGUCACUUAAGAUUGACUAGAAAAGGACAGGACAACGCCUACUGAAAGUUUGCUUGUGGUUUCCUUUGGAAGACAAACUAGUUAGCCCUUCCUAACUGGAUGGGCUCUGGGGGGCAGGGACAAGAGUGUUGAUGGGAACAUUGUUACUAUUACCCACAACAGAGGAGAAUGAAACAUAGAAAGGUGUAUUCAAACUGCUGCCUGUGGCCACAUUUAGCCAAGGAGAACUAUGAAUGUAGUCCAAUACCAAAAUGGUAAAAGUUACUUUUACUUAAAACACUAUGAGAUUGUGUGUGUGUGUGUGUGUGUGUGUGUGUGUGUGUGUGUGUGUGUGUGUGUGUUGUGUAUGUGCACUUAUGAUUCCACUGUUUGGUUCUUGAGUUGAGCUUUGUAGGUUGUUUGCCCCAGUGUCAGGAGCUUGGACCUACCUGGUAGGGGGAGUCUGUUGAGAAAUUUCCCUUGUGUUUCUGAGAAGCAAAAAAGAGGUUCAGUAUAGAUAAGUUUAAGCAAACAAACUAAAAAGCCCAGAGGGCAUUAGUGAUACAUUUGGGAAUAUUUUGCAGAGUUGUCUGUUGAAAAGAAACUGUGUCCCCCUUCCUAGAAAAUAUUCUAUAAGAGUCUUUCAGAGCCUCGCUCUAGCUUACGUCUGAGACAAAAGAACAGUAUUUUUUUUAUUUUGAAAAAACAUUAGGUGGUUAAGGAAAAUAUCCUUGAAAAGGUAACUUAUCCCCUCCCCCAUUUUAUUUCCUUCACGAAACAGUCUCCCUAUUCUACAGAAGGUGCCCACAGGUUACUUUUCUCCUUUGCAAAUGUUCAUAGCAGUCUGUGAAUUCCAAAGAGGAAACCAUAUGUAGUUUGUCUUCUAUACACAGGACAGGAAAAAUUAAAUCGUACUUUUAGAAUGCAUUGAAAGAAUGUACUUCUAUCUCCUGGAGGUAAAUUUCUGAAAGUUUACAACUUUACUAUGUAUAUAAAAAGAAUUGUACGUUUUUCCCUUUUUUUUUUACAGAAAAUUUAGCUUGUGAAAUUUUGUCAGGUUUCGCUUUCAUUGUUUUUGAAUGGCGGGAAGGGUUGACAAUGCAAAUGUGUCAAAGACUUACUGGGUGCAAUAUUAAUAAUUUAAAAUGCAAAUCAUAAAUUAUUUCUAUAUGCUGUAAAUCUGAGAUUUAAUGUAUAUUUUUGUUUAAAAAAAUAAAUGCUUUAGUAAAAUA